AUGGAUUUACUUGAAGGCAUCGGAGAGAGUUCAUCGCCACCGCGCUCCUUCGGCGGUUACAGCAACCACGAUAUCAGAACCGACGUUUACAACCGGUUGGUGGAAACCGGUCACGACGAAGCCGUAUCGAAUCCCGAUUUUCGUGAACAGCUUGAAGCUCAUUUCAAUCGCUUGCCUCCAAGUUAUGGACUUGAUGUUAAUGUUGAUAGAGCUGAAGAUGUUUUAGUUCAUCGGAAACUUCUUGAUUUGGCAAGAGACCCCGAUAAGCGCCCUGUUUAUCAUAUACGCUUAUUGGAGAAUAUUUCAACCAGGACAGAUGGCGAAGAUCAAGUAACUGUAAGUACUCAUACUAGCCCUGAAGAUCAAGAAAUUGUAAGUAAUCAUACUAGCCCUGAGUUAUCUUCUCAUACAACAAAUGGGGGAGUCGUAGCAUCUAAUAAGAGGACAAGAGAUCUUGCAACUGAGUUUGAGCCUUGCUCAAAGCUUGAGGACCUAAACUUGGAUGUUAUAAAGAACUCCAAGGAAACAAAAGAAAAAUUUGUUAGUGACAGCUUUUCUCAGAGGCAUGAAAAUUCAAGUGUCCCAGUUCAUGAAAUAAUAUUUUCUGCUGUUGACAAACCAAAGCUUUUAAGUCAGCUGUCCGCAUUGCUGUCUGAUAUUGGGCUUAACAUCCGUGAAGCACAUGUGUUUUCCACAACUGAUGGCUACUCCCUCGAUGUUUUUGUGGUAGAUGGAUGGCCACUAGAGGAAACCGAUGGGUUGUAUGCUGCUAUGGAAAAAGCUGUAGCAAGGAGUGAGGGGUCAUGGUCUCAUUCUUCAAAUUCUCAUUCAGCUGUGGCGAAAGCCUUAGCAGCGGAAGGAAAAUCUGGAGACUGGGAAAUAGACAGGAGGUCGUUAAAGAUAGGAGAAAAAAUAGCAUCUGGAUCCUGUGGAGAUUUGUAUCAUGGAGUUUAUCUUGGUGAAGAUGUUGCUGUUAAGGUUUUGAAAUCUGGGCAACUGAAUGAUGCCUUAGAAGAUGAGUUUACGCAAGAAGUAGCAAUUUUGAGACAGGUGCAUCAUAAAAAUGUUGUUCGUUUCAUUGGUGCAUGCACAAAGUGUCCACAUUUGUGCAUAGUAACAGAGUAUAUGACUGGGGGAAGUCUGUAUGAUUACUUGCACAAGAAUCGUAAUGUCUUGGAGCUGUCUCAAUUACUCAAGUUUUCAAUUGAUGUCUGCAAGGGAAUGGAGUAUUUGCACGGAAAUAACAUAAUUCACAGAGAUCUGAAGACAGCCAAUUUGCUGAUGGAUACUCACAAUGUUGUUAAAGUGGCAGAUUUUGGAGUUGCUCGGUUCCUUAUCCAGGGGGGAGUGAUGACUGCAGAGACCGGAACUUAUAGAUGGAUGGCACCAGAGGUCAUAAACCACCAGCCUUAUGAUCAGAAGGCAGAUGUAUUCAGUUUUUCAAUAGUACUAUGGGAACUAGUGACAGCAAAGGUACCGUAUGAUACCAUGACUCCACUACAAGCUGCUUUGGGUGUGAGACAGGGACUGCGACCAGAACUUCCAAAGCAUGGGCACCCUAAACUAUUAGAUUUGAUGCAAAGAUGUUGGGAAGCAAUUCCAAGUACUCGUCCAUCCUUCAAUGAGAUAAGAGUUGAACUUGAAAAUCUUUUGCUAGAAGUGGAGAAUAAUUCAGAAGCUAACGGUGCUUAA